CGAGGAACCUCAAACUUCCUGUUUGGUGUCAUUUUUUCUGCCAGAUUGACUCGGCUCUUGUUCUUUCAUUGAUCUUUCUUUCAUUCGGGUUCUAAAAAAGUCUCCAGUCUCAAUCUGUUCGUGUGCGUCUCCAAAAGAAAGCUGGCCAAAAGAAAAAAGCGUCUGGAUCCACAUGAGUUCACCUCAUAACAACAUUUACUACAACAACAGACAGAGACGUUACUAUCGACAGGAACAGCUGGAUGAUGAGUGCUACUGAGACUAAGUCAACCCUGGAGUCCAGACUGGACGCCCUGCAGAGCCACUUCACCUGGGACCUGGUCUUCGGCAGGUCCAUCCUUGUCCGUCUCAGGGACAAAGUGAAGGACAUUGGCACAGAUGAAAGAAACUUCUGGCUGGGUCAUGUUUACAACCUGCAGGGGUUCGUCCACUAUCACAUGGGAUUAGCUGAAGAGGCCCGGAGUUUCCUCAGCAAGGCCACCGAGGCUUUCCAUCAGAUUAGGAAGGGGGACUCAGAUGAGGGUCCCUGGUUGUUGGUGAACUAUGGGAACCUGGCUUGGCUGCACCACUACCUGGGUGAGGAUGAGGAGAGUGAGUCUUACCUGUCAAAGGUGGACGCCCUCAUGAAGGAGUACCCAUCUCCAUCCGAGGACGAGCUCCACCCAGAGGUCUACGCUGAAAAGGCCUGGACCCUGCUGAACUUUGGCAAAGACGAGAAGAAACAAGCUGCAGAUUAUUUCCAGAGAGCCAUCAGGAUGCAGCCGGACAUGAUGGAGUGGCAGACCAGCUAUGUCCUGGGGUUGGUGAGCGCCUCCAAGCAUGAAAAGGGCCUGAGCACCAUUGUCUUGGAGAAACUACGAGCAGCGAAGGAGAAGGAUCCAGAGAACCUGUACCUCGCUGUCCAAUGUCUUGAGCAAAAGGCAAAGGAAGGAGAAGACAUAGAGGACGAAGCUCACAAGCUGGCAGAAAAGAUUUUAAUGAAUCCUGUUGGCAGCUACAGUGGCAUGAAAGCAAUACUGAGGCUCUACAAGAAACACUUCUCCUACGAUGACGCCAUUAUUCUGGCAGAGGAGGCUCUGAGGAAGCAUCCAGACGAUCGCUACCUGAAGAGGUGUGCAGCGCUCUGCUACAAAUGGAGGAUCAUUUAUUUGAAAGACACACUCCCAAGGAAAAGCAUGAUGGACAGAGCCAUCGAUCUCCACAGGGAUGUGAUCUCACUUUACCCCGACUCUUUUCUGGUGAAGAAGAUCGACCUCGCCAGCAUCUAUGCCAAAUCAAGUGAGGGUCUGCGCAAAGCGGAGCAGAUCUACCAGGAGCUGCUGGAGGAGCACAUGGAGGACUUAGAUAAACAGAUGCUCUACAACCGCUACGCCAAAUACUUGUUCUAUGACCGCAAUGAACGUAGCAUGUCGAUAGAUUAUCUCAUGAAGUCGGCAGAGAUACCUCACCAGGGCUUCUACCGUAAGAACAGCAUCAAAGACUUGGAGAGUAUCCUAAAACGAGGAAAGAACCGACGGUGCAACGACAUCAAGGAGUUUCUGGAAAACCUGCAGGACUAUGAUCCUGUUCAAGCUUUCUAACUGCACCACUUAAAAAAAAAUCUGUAUAGUUGAAUCAAAAUCUAAUAACAGUAGAAUAAACGGGAUGUGUUUGGUUUGAAUUUUAGAUGAAAAUAUUGAGCUAUCAUUAAAAGCUUACUAAACAGUUUGCAGCUGAUACAAAAAAAUCCUGGUGAUGGUUUCAGUCAUAUCUCUCUCUAAAAAACCUAACACUAAACAGGAGCAUUAACUGGUUGACGUUUCUUAAAGAUGUUUCAAAGUCAUCUAUACAACAUCUUCAUUUAAAAUAAAAUACGUCAGCAUUGAGUCUGAAUACUACGAGAUUAUUUUCUCAUUUCUAAUUUUCCAGAAGUUUCCAAAAAGAACAACAUCUCAUAAUGUUAUUAUUUGAAUCAAAACAUUUGAAGUAAAAUUAAAAUCAUAUUGAUCCACAUUCAAAUCUACAUCACAAUAAAAUGUGAACAAAGUGAAAAGGUAAGAUAAAGUAGCUGCAUGAUUUACAGCGACCUGGAUAAGUUUCGAGAAAGUCUUGACUGAUGAAUCUGGGUUUUUAUCUACAAUGCACACACCACAAUCUCCUGAUAAUGAACUCACUUUCCCUUCCCUCAGACCCUGAAGUAAUUCUCUGGGAAAAUGGGAAAGAAUUAUUUGACUUUUUUGUCUAAGUAAGUUAAUUUUUUACCAAAUCUGAACAAAUAUAAUAAUUACAAGAUCUAGAAAAAUAAUUUCUCCAAAAUUUGGAAACCGACAAAGAGUGACUUUACCUUUUUGUGAGGAAUUUUACAGGAUUAAAUUCGUUAAUUAAUUAAAAGCAUAACAAAAAUGUCAAUUUGAACUAGUUUUUCUUUACAUUUUUAAAUCCCAAUAACAUCUUAAUGGGCAGUCCUUGUCAAUAAAACAUUCUCUCUGUUUUGCAUCAUGUAAUAAAUUUCUGCAGGUAAGUAACUGUGCCUUUAAAUCAGGUCUUCCUGUUUCAGUGAUGUGUUUUAUUCUUUUGGUUUCCUUUCAUCCAAAUCGAAACUGGCUGCAACGGCACGAACGAGAAGCUUCGAACUUCCUGCCUGGU